AUGCUUGGAAAAGAAGAGUACAGGGCAAACAGGAAUAUGAAAUCGUAUCCUGAUAAUUGGCAGGAGUUCUGGACGAAACCCGAGGGCGCCAACCUCGCAAGCCUCCUCUGGUCCAACAGCACCAACAUUGGCUGCGCCGUUGGAAUAUGCACUGAAGGCACACAGGAAAACCGAAAUACAACAAAAAGCGCAUAUCUUUUUUGUCAGAUGGACCCUCCAGCGGAGGAGAACAAGGCUCCUUUUGACAAGGAGUAUUACGAAGCGCUCAAAGAACGAAAAGCAUUACUGACAGCAAUGACUGAGGAAGACCUCAAAGCUCCUGUCCAGGGCGCUGCAGCUGCCGCCGUGCCCUCCCUUCUUGUAGCAGGCCUAACUGCUAUAGUGGCAUUUGCCUCUGCAUAG